GCUAAACAUGCUCAGGUCCUUUAAAUCUCAUCUGGUACGGUUGCAAGGCCCUUUAUCAUUCCAGUUGGUCCUGUUCUGGAUGCCCUCCAAGCCAUCAGUGUCCCUUGUAAAGAUGCCAGAACCAAAUCUUUGCUAUCCUGGAGGUCCAAUCUCAGAUCCUCAAUCCAGCAUAAAUUGAGACACUGCUCCUCAACUUUGGUGAAAUCUCAGAUUCUCCUGCAUUUGGGGAUUGGGAUUAAGAAUCCCUUCCCUUGUCACUGAUGCUGAAGAAUCAGACCUUGUUAAAGCCUUUCUUAGCCCCUGGAGGUUGUGUUCAAGAGUUCCCUUAUUUAUAUAGAUUCUAAAUGAUCACUCUAGUGUAAAUAUUACUAAUAAUGGAAAUAAGUCUUGAUCAAUGACACAUGUAAGACCCAGUGGAAUUGCUUGUUGACUACAGGAGGAGUAUGGGAGGAGGGGAGGCAAAGAGCAUGAAUCAUGUAACCAUGGAAAAACAUUCUGGAUUAGUUAAUUAAAUAAAAAUUUUCAAAUUAAAAAAGAGUUCCACUAUUCUUUUCCCCCUUACCCAAGAUUAAGAGAACUUACUGUGCUGAGGACAUUUUCUUAGACCUCAGUCCAAAUCUAAGGUCCCCUUCCAUUUGCUUAUUGAUUUAUUUAUCACUUUUUUCCUCUCCCUUUUCAUAUCUGGAUGCUAUCAAAGGUCCACUUUUCUGUGGUUUGGAGAAAUAAGAGUUGUUGGGACUACAUAGUGUAGUGGUCUUGAGAAGUGGGCUUUAUUCCUUUCUACUACUCAGUCAUCAGUUUAUUACUAAUUUAUAUCAGUCAGAUUUAUUUAUUUUGAUCUUUCUAAUUUUACAGACAUAUUUUUUUCCUGGUUCUACUUCAUUUUGCAUUAAUUCAUAUGUGUUCUGAGGCUUCUCUGUAUUCAUUUUUAUAACACAAUAAUAUCCCAUUACCUUAAUAUAUCACAACUUGUUUAGCCAUUCUUUAAUUGAUAUGUUUGUAAUAUUUCCAUUUCUGAGUUUCUAGAAAUAUUUUUCUGCAUACUGGUUCUAACUUUUUUUGUGACUGGCCCUCUUGUUGAACUCUCUCGCAGUGGGAUCUCUACAUCAAAGGACAUGGGUAGUGACUUUGUUUACCUAAAUCCAAGUUGCUUGACCAAUUUAUAUCUCUAUCAACCCAUCUAAUAUUAGCUUUCCAUUCAGAAAAUAUGUCAUAAUUUGCUAUGAAAUGAAACUAAAGAGUCAUUUUUGUUUUUGUUUUUCUUCUUCUUAGUGAUUUGUAACAACCUUUAAUCUGGUUCUUAGUAGUUUGUAUUUGUUUUUUAAACUCUUUUUUUACCCACUUGACCACUAACCUAAAGAUAUUUUGAAUAUUUUUUGGUCAUCAGAAAAUUUUAUUUUUUAUUAGUCUAUUCCAUUUACAAAACCCCUCCCCCCCCACUCCCAGUUAUUCCUUUCUUGUCAGUAAAGGAGAGAAUGUAUAAAAAUGCUUUAGCUAUCAAGGUUUUUCUUUGGAGGCAUUAUUAUUUUAAUCAUUCUUUUGAUUUAGAAUUAUAAUAUUUUUCAGAAGCAUAGCUCCUCCCUUCAGAGUUAGAAGGUUCAGAUAUCAAAUGUUCAGUUGUCCACAUUUCAAAAUACCAUCCCUGAAUUGGUCCUAGAAUUUUUUCCAUGCUGUCUCUUAUAGCCACUGUACUAUAUCAGUUAUUAGAAGGCUUUGCCUGUCAGUUACCUAUGUCCCAAAUUGUUUGAGAUAUUUAGUCAAUCAGUAAUAAUUAAAUUAUACCAUUUGGGGGGCAACUUGGUGGCUAAGUGAAUUGAGAGCCUGGCCUAGAGAUUCCUGGAGGUCCUGGGUUCAAAUCUGGCCUCAGCCACUUACUAACUGUGUGAUCCUGGCAAGUCACUUGACCCUGUGACCGCGAAAUGUGGGUUCAAGACUUUGAAAUGACAAAACUGUAAUGAUAAUUUCUAGUGUCUUGAUUUAAAUAAAAAAUAAGUGGUCGCCAUAGGAAAAUUCCCCAAAUAUUGAAAAUACCCAUCAGCUGGGUUUUAUGGAGAUUUUAAUUAAUAUGAAUGAACGAAUUAAGGAAAAGGAGAAAGAGAGAGGCAGGGGAAAUAGUAGGAAAAGGGUAGGGCCUAGGCCAAGUGGCCUAGGCCUUUCUCUUUAAGAGAGAAACUAAGUCAGUCUUUAAUCACUCACCACAAGAUUUUCCAAGCAAGCUCUAGUGUUCAGAGAGACCAGCUCCCACUCAGCUUCCAGACUCAAUUCCUGAACUGAGUUCAAAGAGAGCUCUGACUCCUGACCUCCAAUUUAGUUUCCAAAGCUGAACUCUCUACAGAGGCCUUAAACUCCUUCCUUUUAAAGAAAAUUUUCUCUUGUGUCACCUCCCCUAAAUUUUCACAUCUACCAAUCACAGUAGAUGCUUUUCCUGGGACUGCCCAUCUUUAGUUCUCAGCUUCUCUGGUUAGAUAAUAUCUUCUUAGUACUUCACACCUCUUUGCAAAGCUUGCCCUUUUAAAGUUGCUUAACCUUUUAGUGAUUAAUUUGACCUUCAUAGGUACUUAGCAUCCUUUUGUAUUAGAUCUAAAAAUAGACCUAGCUUAAGGUUUUGGCCUCCCUAUAAGUAUGAGUUAAGUACUUUUUCAUUGUUCAGUAAGGAGUUUUACAACUUUAUCUUUCCCUAAAGUAUGCCUAAGUAUGGGUGGAGUAAUGUUAGAGUUCCCAAUACAUUCCUGACCAAGUACCUUCAUUGUUUAAAAUGGGGAAUAGUCUUAACCAAAUGUUCCAAGGUAGAGUCUGAGAAAUUUUAAGAUUCACAACCCUCAUUACCUAGCCCAUUCCAUUCUUCUGCCUUGGAACCAAUACACCAAGAUAAAAGAUAUGGGUUAAAAAAAUAAAUUAUACCAGUUUGAUUCUAAUCAAACUGACUUUAUUAGUAAUGGUACACCAGUUUCAAACUAAAUUCAUAUGGAAGGUAUUAAGGGCAUGCUUAGAAAAAUAAAAAUAGGUGUUUAUUCCUGAUGUAGAAAUUAGAAGAUAAACAUUGUUUUCAUAUGGAUAAUGAAGAUAAAAAUUUGAGUAAUAAUUUGAAUUGUCAGUUGCUUCAAAAUAUAUGGAAAUGAUACCUUUUUUAAAUAUGACUUGUUUUUUCUCUUCUGGAAGUUAUAGCUUAAAAAGGAGUAGAAUGAGAGAGGAGAAUAAUUGCAAAGGAAGCUAGUUGUUUUGGUUUUUUUGGAGGGGUCUAUUUUUGUUUUGCCUAAGCACCCAACAUAUCACUAUAAUUAGAAAUGGAAGAAGUAGUAGUUGCUUAUCAUAGGAUGAAGAUCUUGAAAAUGAAUAAUAUCAAUCAAAAAACUAACCUUCUAAGGCAGCAUCCAGAAUAAUUGCUAAUGUGUUACUGAUUGCCUGAUGCUUAAUACAACUUCCUAGAAGGCCUAAAAUAAUUUAAACUAGUGGUUUAAUCAGGAACACCAUAUUUCAAUAUUUAUUGACCUAAUGCUAUAUUAGAAACUGGCUGAUGUUCUUAUAUUAUAAUACGCAUUAUUGUCUUAAUUUUUUUCGUUCAUAAGUCUCAAAUAUUUAGUAUUUGUCUGUUUUUUUCAGAUUUAUAUAGAUAUGGAAAAUGUUAAGUAAAUACAUAAUAUCUUCUACCCUGUUAUAACUUUAUUCCCAUUUUGCUAUUUGUAUUACCAAUUCCAUUAGAAACUACUCUAAAAAAAUCUUAUAUACCAUUUAGAUGCUUACUUUGAAACUGUUAUGUCCUUUUUUGUAAAAAGUGGGAACUGAAGUUAAAGGAAGGAAAUAAACAUUUAUACAGGUAGUGUUUUGGUAGCUUUAGAAAUAUUUCGUUUAAUCCUUUGUAAUAAAAGAACUAGAAACAAAAUAGUUGUCUAUCAGCUAGGGAAUGGCUUAAUAAAUUGUUGCACAUGAAAAGAAUAGAAUAGCAUGAUACUAUACGAAACAAAUAUGAUGAAUACAGAGAAGCAUGAGGAGACUUAUGAAUGGAAAGGAAAGUAAAUAGAACCUGUAGAACAAUAUAAUGUAAAUAAAAAGAAGUUUAAUUGAAAUUAAAUACUAUGAAAUUAUAAUUUUUAAGUUUGACUCCAAAAUGUAGUUAUGAAGGGUUUUUCCAUACGUAUUUAAAGAGCCAGUUAACUUUGGGCAGGAGAAACUACAUAUAAUGCAAAAUUUUUUAGAUAUGUUGGUUAGUUUUUCUUAACUAUUCCCCUCUUCUGUUUAGUCUUCACCAGUAGGCAUAAAGAAUUAUUUUGUGGAGAUGAUGGAAUAAGUGAUAAGUGGCAAAUAUUAGUGAUGUAAAAUAAAAGAUACCAAUAUGGAUUCAUUAAAAUAAUAAAUGAUGUAAGUUUUGCCCAUAGACUACUUUAAUUGAAUUUGCUUUAUAAUCCAUUUCCCCCAUGUUUUCUUUGAGUAGUGAUCAGAAUUUUCCUGCUUUUAAAAAAAAUAAUAAACUAUUCUUUUAGCAGUUCUAGGGAAAUAAGAACAAGGAAUAGCAAUAUUCUUACAAUUAAAAAUUCUGAUUUUAAUGGAUAUUUCUUUUUUCUUUCUUCCCCUCCAUAGCACUCUCUCGUCACAAAUUAAAAUAUGUAAACCACCUCAAUGUAGUAACUCUGUCUUGUCAACUUAAUAUAAAUUCAGUACUUAUAGUCCCCUCCUUUUAACAAAAGGAGGGAGGUAUGAUUUAAUACCUUCCCAAAAUAUACCAAAAUAUUUAUACUAGUACUUUUUUUUUGUGGUAGCUAAUGAAAAACUAGAACUAAAUGCCCAUCAAGUGGAAAAUGACUAAACAAGUUGUUACAUGAAUGUAAUAUAACAUUGCUGUGCUAUAAGAAAUAAUGAUUAUCAGGAAUUCAGGGAAGCAUGGGAAAACAUAUAGAUUGAUGUGUAGUGAAGCAGAACCAAGAAUACAGUAUAUACAAUGACUGUUAAAUGGAAAGAAUUAUACAAAAACAAUUGAAAUUCAUUGUCAUGAAAUUAUAAUACCCACAGUUGGCUCCAAAGAAGAGAUUUGGGAAGUAUCCUAACUCCCUUCUUUGUACAGAUGGGUUGAUGUAGUACCCUAGAUAUAAUGCCCCACUUUUUGGAUGUGCCAAUUAGUUUUACUGAACCAUUUCCCCCCCUUUCAAUGUGGUUAAAACUUCUUUCAAAAGAAUGGAAAUCCUAAAGAAGUACAUAUUUAAUAACAAACAGCUCCUAUUUUUGGUGUUUUAUCUAGUCUCCUAGGCACAAAGAGUUUGUGGUCCUGAUGCUUAGAGAUGGGUGAGUGAAGAGCUAAUGCAGUAUAGUAAAGAACUUGAAAAUUUCACUUUUAGUGUUGACAUUUAAACAUUAAAAUUGAAUUAGAAAAAUAAACUAUUUAUUGUGAUCUGUUCUUAUAUCAAAAAGACUUGUGAAAGGAAAGAAAGGAAAACUUUUAAGAAAAUUUUAAAAAUUGUAUCACUUAUAAAUUGAAGUGAAUAGACAAUAUAAUGAAAACUGAAAAAAUGCAAUUCCUUAUUUCUUCUUCUAUUAUUGUUUUAUUUUACUAUUACAUGGUGUUUUAUGGGUCUUAUCACUUCCACUAGGUUAUAAGAACCUUGUUGGCAAGAAACUUUUAUUCUUAUACUUUUUUAUACUUUUAUCCUUGGCUUGAAUGAUACCUUCAAUAAUGCCUUAUAUAAUAAAAUCUUAAAUUCAUACAUUUUUAAAGAUUUAUGUAGUAAAGUUAGACAGUGUGGUGUGCAGAUUAUUUGGGUACAAAGUAAAAUAAUUCAUUAAGUUAAAAUAAUUAUUUAUUUACAAUAAACUUUAAAACUUUUUACAUAUUGAAAAACUUAACAUGUGGUAUUCUCUCCUUUUGAUAUAUUUGUUUUAUGCAAUUGAGUAAUCAUUUCAUAAGAUUUUGCUCCAUAUUCUUUCAGCAAUCAUAUUUUUUGAAUAAUAGUCCAUUUUCCCAAGUAAAACUUUGAUCAUGACUACAGGUUUUCAGUAGGUUUUUACGUUAGGUGAGCCCCCAGAGCCCCAGGGUUUUUUAAUAUAGGUGAAACAGAAAUAUCUUUAUGUCUUAGAUAAAUUUCUUAACCUUUAGUGACAUGUGGCAUUUUGCAAGGUGUAUUUAAAGUAUUUCCCCUGUUUAAGAAUUUCUUUAAUCUCAGAACAGUUUUGUUUCUCAGCAGGUAAGCAUAUUUAUCAUAGGUCAUUGUUUCCUCAAUGAUAAUUUGUAGGCUUUUUGGAAGUUUAAAGAAUAUAAUUCAUAAAAUAGGCUCAUCUGAAUUUAGAACAACAGUUAUUAAUGUCAAAUGAAAAAAAUGUUUCACCAGUAAAAAUGACCCUUUUCCCCUUAUCUUUUUUAUACCAGUCGUUGUAUUAUCACAAGCAUUUUUUUUUCAACUCUGGCACCCAAUCUUUUCACUGUUCUUUCAAGAAUCUUCUAUUGUACUAUACAGAAAUCAAUCUCUCUGCUCAAAAGAUUUUACUUGUUUUUAGAAGAUUACUUAGGCUGUUUUGUAGUAAUAGUUUUUAGUUCUUUCUGUUUUUAACUUUCCAUCACACUUAACUCUUGAACUGAAGUAUACCUAAAAAUAAGAAACCAGCUCAUUUGGUUUCAUCUGAUCAUGGUUGGAAAUUGAGCUAGCCUGGUGUUAGAAGAAACAUACAUGCAUGAUAAUUGCUAUCACAAAAUGAAGUCGCAUAAAAAUAAUUUCUUGUCCCAAAAAAUUUGUCCACUUUUGAAGGAAUGUCAGGCAAUCUUAUCACCAUUUUGUAGGUGAGGAAAUUUAGGCUUAGAAGAAUUAACUCACAGAAGAUCAUAUAGCUAAUAAAUUGCAACUAUGAAUUGAAAUUAUGAGCACAACUUCACUAUAAGAAUAAAUACUAAAUUCUUUAUAUGUGUCUUACAUAUUUUUAAUAGUACUGUACUUGAAUUAUUUCCAUUCUAACCAUCAAAUAAUUUUUACUUUUCCCUUUAUUGAGUUGGUAAUAGAUUCUAUCAUCAUUCUUCUUUUGAGUGACUCUUGAUUUCUGGAGAGUUAUAUUGUCACUGCUCUAAUUAGCAUCCAUAUAGGAUAUUAUUAAAUGAUAUGGUUAACUUUCAUUUAUUCUUUAUAGAUUGAUCUUUAUUUACAAUGGCUUCUGCAGAAUUCUCCAGAGAUGCUACACUUCAGGUCUACAUAUUCUAUCUGAGUGAAAAUUUUCAGAUCUUUUUGUCACUGUAUAAAGUGAACUAACCUUUUGUUUCAAACAUAUAGCUGAUUCUUUCAAAUUAAGUUAAUUUCCCAGUAAGGUAUUUUUAGAUAGGCAUGUAUAUCAGGUUUUGGGGUUUCAGUUGACAACCAUUAUCACUAGUUUUACAACUACCCCAUAGAAAAGCAAACAUGUAAUCCUUUUAGUUAUCUAAAUUUUUUGCGUCCAGCUGGUUAUUUUCAAGAUAAUUUAUUUUCUGCAUAAAUUUCUUCAGUCUCUUGGCCUAGGAAAUGUGUUGUCUAAUAUAGCAUAGGCAUUAAAUAAUAUUCAUAUAAUACUAUGUAUUGGGUAAUUUACUUAGUGCUUUACAAUUAUCAUCACAUUUGAUAUGAAAAGUUGAUGAAAGAAAAUUAACUUCACAUUCUCCACUAUCUGAUUAAAUUUUAGAAUCUCUAUAUUAAGCUCCAGGUAUCUAUUGUUAUCUAUACUUGUAAAAGAAUAGGAUUCCUAUUGUAACAGUUAAUUUAGUCUCUUGUAAUAAAAGUAUUAUAAUUUUAUGAGGUUUAUUAAAGAUAUUAGAAAUCAAGGAUACAAAAUAAUAUACCACAUGCCAUGGCUGAUUUAGCCAAAUUCAAAACCCCCCACGCUUAGUUUACUCACUUCAUCCUUGCAGUCUCUGAGUACAGUAAGAGAGACGUGUGUGCUUAGAAGGGGCAGAAGCGAGACAUCUUGGGAGGCAGAGAGCCCUUUAAAUAUUAAAUUGUGUUCUCUCACUCAGGUGAGGAAGCAUGUGAGAUUAUAGGGAAUUUUGGGAAGUACUAAGGACUUCUGGGGAUUGAAGUCUGGGGUUCAAAUCUCCAUUUUUACAUUUCUCCCUUUGAUCGUUAUUGGGUAACCAGUUUCCCCAAAAGGAUUAUGAAAACAUAAUCAACUUAAAGAUUACAAUAAUUUGAGGAUAAGAGGAAAAAAAGAACAAAACCAAUUGUUGGACACAUUGACAAAAAAAAAAAACAGGGGGAAGUUCCUUUUGACAUGAAAGUAUACAUGCAAAUAAAUGUUCAAUCAACCACACCCAAAGUUCAUUCUUGAUCUUCUCGCGCAGCUUGUGGUCUGGAGGCAUCUUCAUGGUGUCUUCUCCAAACAGUUCAGUUUCUGGAUUCAGAGAGGUAGCACGAAUUUUAACCUAAAAUUCUUCUCAAAAGGAAUUUAAACUUUGCAAUUUAAAAUAAUGUUUUUACAUUACCCCCUUGAAGAAGGUGAUUGAAAAACACAAGGAUCACGUAGGGAUGCAUGGCUGAUUUAUGAGGUAUAUGAAUCAAUUGGCAAAAAAAAUUAAAAGACAUCAGAAAAAUCCAAAUAAAAAAGAUAAUUUAUGAAUGAAAAUGUAGACUAUCAAAGUCUUAUGUGUAAAAAAAAGUAAAGAAAAAAUAAAUCUACAACAGGACCUUAAAUCAGGGCCCAAUUAAAAUGAUAUAAGCAAGUAAGCAUUUACCCAGUUAGUAGCCAGUACUACAGAAAGUGGCCGCAUUAUGAAAAACAGAAAAGGGACUAGAUUAGAGGAGCCAGGUAGGAACCAGGUUUGAGAUACUCGUCUGUAAGUAUUUUCAGAGUGUGGAUACAAGGAAGGCCUACGUCUUAACAAAUGUUAAACAUAGCAACCUCAAGUCUUCACGCUAGGUUCAAGUCCUUUGUAUUGGCUUAGAAGUGCAUCAAUCCUUCCUGGAUUGGUUUCUUUGUUGACCUGUGUGAUGUUUUGUCACAAUUCAGGUUCAUCUUUGUGCUUUUUUGGCCCUGUGCAAUGGCUUUUUUUGUUUUCUUUGUCCUGGAAUCAGACAUAAUCAUUAAGCAAAGUCCCAUAUUUUUUUAAAACAAUUUAAAUAAAAAAAUUUUUAAAUAAUCUCAAGCUUUUGGGGCAUGCAUUGACAUAGCUAAUGUAUUUUAAACUUAUAUUACUGCAAAAUCCAAAAGUUAAAGAAAAUCUUAAUACUGGUGACAUGUACUUUAGAUAUAAAAAGGAGAGAAAAAAUAAAAGACUAAAAUAGUAUAUUGCACAUACAAGAAAAAUAUAAUAAUAAAAGUUUUAAAAUUUAAAAAUGUCGCUUAUAAUCAUUGACACACUGUGUCAGCUGAGGAAAUAUAGAAUACAAGGCUUUUUCUCCAAAAAUGAGAUCCAUUUCCUCAUCAUGCCUGGCUAUGAUCCACUCUGAGUACAAGUGAAUGAAUUUUACAAGGUAACAGGUUUUUUUUAAAAGAACAGUAGUACAAAUAUAUAGGUAUCAAUAUCCCCAAAAUUCUCAAUAGUCCACUUACAAUAGUAAACAAACCCACUAUCAUUUCUCAUAAAUUGCUGUAUGGCAUUUUUUAGUGGUAGUCUCUCGGUAACCGAGAAAAGCCUAUGAACUGAUGGAUAUUUGUCACAAUUUUUACAAACGUAGCAGAUCUUUCAACCUUGGUAAACAUCUUUUUUAAACAAAGUAAAACUCAUUUUGGGUUUAGGACAUCAUCAAGAAAUCUAGAUAUCAUUACAAAAAUGUGGCAGAGGACUCUAGGCAAAAUCCAAACCUCUGUACUGUUGAUUUUCGGUAAAGUGUGGUGAAGAAUUAUAAAUGAGAUGCUCCUCUUUGGGGAGUGCUCCAGGGGUACUAUAUGUCCUGGGAUUAAUUUCCCAGCUCCUUGGUACGAUACUGUAAUGUCCCAUCCAUUCACACUUUUAUAAAUGUGGGAGGUGGGGAUUAUAAUUGGAUUUCACUUUAGCCACUAAAAUGGACCUUACCCCCUGUUAGGGGUAGGCAAAAUGACCAGAGUUGUUUGGGAAAAAAAAAUUAUGUCUAAAAAACCCCUUAAAAUAAAUUUGAGAUAUUUAGCUCAUUUAAUUUUCCAAAGGUUGUUAUACAAUUGUAGCAAUGUUCUGAUGACGUCCAUCUAUCCUCUUUGUGACAAUUUACAAAUUCAAAACAGAAAAUGCUAUUUUUAUAUGGGCUUAUUCAAUAAUAUUUGUUCAGUGUAGUAAUAGGGGAAAAGCAACAGAAUAUAACAGUAGUUAAAACCAAGUAUAUUAAAAUGAUUCAGUGUAACAGAAUAGUAUUGAAUGUAUUAAUAUAUUAACUUAAAACCAACAAAAUUAAAUCUUAAACAAAACAAUCAGUAAAAUGCAAUAAAAUACAGAGAUUUUUUGUAAAACAUUGGAGUCUGAAAAGCCUUAAAAAUAUAACCUCCAGUCUCUUUAAAGUUCAUUGUUUUUUUUAAAUUAUCCAUUUAGAUGCCUGUUGUCAGAAGGCAGAAGAUUGGUAAGAGAUAGGCAAUGAGGUUCAAGUUUCCUGCCCAGGAUCACACAGCUAGGAAGUGUCUGAGGCCAGAUCUCAACCCAGGACCUCCUGUCUCUAGUCCUUGCUCUCAAUCCAUUAAGCCACUGAGCUGCUUCCCCAUAGUAAGGGUGUGUUUUGGGAAUCUCAAAUUGGUUCAAAGAAUUGCAGGGAGUUGAAUUUUCCCCCUGAAUCUUGGGUGAUAGAAAUAAAAGGAUCAAUGCACUCAAAAGAUAUCCUUUUAAAGCAGCCAUGCUUGUAACUUCCUGUUUGGAAAAGUCUAUUCCUUCUCCUCUUUCUCCCCCUCUGUGGUCCCCUGUCCCCUGUCACAUGGAGGCUAAGGAAAGAACACCCCCAUUUUUAUCUGCUGGUUUUUGAUCCUGAAGAAAUUGGGUCUACUAUCAUCAGCCAGGGGCGAUCUGCGAUCUGGCUCGAAGGCCAGAGUUGCUGGGCCUGGGUGGGUCAGGACCGGGAGAGCUAUCUGGGUCUGGAGAGCUACCUGGGUCCGGAGUCCAGAAGAAGCCGGCAGCAGGAGGAGCUGGGUCGGGCGGGGCUGAGACCAGGUAAGCGAUCUGAAUCAAGAAAGUCUGAAGCAGAUGCCUAUAGGCAGUAGUGCAGGUAAGCAGGCAAGCAGGCUCAAGCUGAUUCAAGAGACUUCUCUAAAAAGCCUUGGAGAAAUGUGAUUUAGAAAUCAUUAUCUAGGCUAUCUUUUUUUUUUUAAUUUGAGAAGUUUUCAUCCAAUCUAGUAGUUGCCAUUAACUGUAACAGUUUAAUUUCUUGUAAUAAAAGUAUGAAGUUUAUUAAAGAUAUUAGAAGUCAAGGAUACAAAAUAAUAAACCACGUGCCAUGGCUGAUUUAGCCAAAUUCAGACCACCCCCAUCCCCACCUGCUUAGUUUACUCACUACAUCUUUGCAAUCUCUGAGUACAGAGAGGUGCGUGUGCUUAGAAGUGGAAGAAGCAAGACCUCUUGGGAGGCAGAGAGCCCUUUAAAUACUAAAUUGUGUUCUCUCACUCAGGUGAGAUUAUAGGGAAUUCUGGGAAGCACUAAGGACUUCUGGGGAUUGAAGUCUGGGGUUCAAAUCUCCAUUUUUACACUAUCUUUAUAGUGUCUCUAUAGAUAGAUAGAUAGAUAGAUAGAUAGAUAGAUAGAUAGAUAGAUAGAUAGGUAGGUAGAUAGGUAGAUAGAUACACACUAAACCAUAAAACAGGUUGUCUGGCCUAUAGGAUUUUUUUUUUAAUUUAAGAGUAUAGUUUGCUUUUUGAAUUUGGAAUUGUCUCAGAAAAUCUAGAAUGUACAUUACUGCAUUUAUCCUCACUAUGUUUUGAUCUAGUUUCAUAUUAGAGUUGUCCAUUGAGUUCUUCUAAAAUUUCAUAUAAUACAUAGCAAUUAACUAUCACUUUUGUUUUUUGUUUGUUUACAUAAGGAAUCAAAGAAUGAAUUGCUUUCAUCAUAGAAACUUUUAGGAGAACACAGUAUAAUUUAAUAAAUAUUUAUUGUCUAUUAUGUGCAAGGUUCUGUGGAUGAUAUGAUCUUAGGAGUCCUUGAAUUCUGAACAGGAAUCCCACUAGUGUUUAGUAGAAAUUACUGGAAACAGACUAAACCAUUCACCUUUUAUCUUUUUCCCUCAAAUAAUCCCAGUUGAUUUGAAACAGUUCGGUGAUACUUUGUUGAGGCUAGGUAUAUAUUUUAGAUAUAUGGGUCUAUCUUAAAAGCCAAGCACUUUGCAUGGAACCCCUCAGGAAUUCACAAAUUGAGAAUAUCAUUUGAAAAAAAUAAAAAAUAUGUUUAUUGCAUUAAAAUCCGCAGGUAUCCCCAAACUAGAAAAGUUAUCAUUUGACCCUACAAAAAAGGUAUAUGUAAAACUAUAUCAUGCAUGUUUCUAUUUAUCAGUUCUUUUUCUGGAGGGUUUUUUUAAAAAUAAAAAUAUUGUUUUGAUGGGGGUUCCAUGCCAAUGAACAGUUCAAUAAAUCAAUCAGUAGACAAUAAACACCUACAGAUGUAAAUUUGACAUUAAUAAAAGCAUUUUUCAUUUUAAUGCUGCAAAGAAAUAAGUUAAGGGAUGUGGAUUGUAUCUUAGUAGGUUUGUACUUCCUCCAGGAAGGGAAAUGGGUUGGGACAGAACUAGUAUAACUAAAAGAUAAUCCCAAAAAGUCAUACUUGUAUGAGUAUAUGAUUUUACAAUAAAAUUUUUUAAAAGACUACAACGGUCCUUUGGAAAUGUUCAUUUUUAAUAUCCAAAUGGAAAUAUAGGAUUCCAGGCAGAAUAUAAAAACUUUCCCAACAUACCAUCAAAAUAAUAAUUGUGGCCAAGAUACAAAAAGAUCUGAAAUAUACCUCUAGUAUUUUGAUGUUGAUCUAAUGAGUCAGCCAUUUUACUAGCACUGUUUCCUGUUUGUUUCUCUUUUUUUAUUAAACCUUCUUUGGAUCUAAACACUAUCCUUUUGCAUAUUGUCUUACUUCUACCCCUGAUUCAUAAUUUAAAUUAUCUAGUGGUAAGCAAUUAAAGAUGGAGUUAAAUACAGAUUUUAUAUCGGUAUUUACUAAGCAGAAAAUUAUCACCUGAGUGACAAGAUGGUAAUGGGUGGAGUUAGACAAGUGCAGCCUGUUCUACAAGUCUGAGCUUUGUCAGGGGCGUUCCUUUGGUAUUGCAAAGGAGUGUGUGUGUGUGUGAGAGAGACAGAGAGAGACAGACACAGAGACAGAGACAGACAGAGACACAGAGAAACAAAGAGAGAAUGAAUAUGAAUAUAUGAAUGUGCGUGUAUGUUUGUGCAUGCACUGAGAGAGACUGAGCCUGUGCUGGCAACAGUCCUUUUCAGCCAAGCUCAGUACUGAUUGCUCAUCAGUGAACAAAAGCAGGGCCAUGGGAACUCUUGAGAGGAGUGCCUGAAAACUGAUCUUGAGCUUUAGGAUAUUUGUGGAUAUUUAAGCCGGACAUAUCCUGUGGCAGAAAUGCCCUAUAGAUUCUAUUAGUUCUUGAAGAUUAGAGUAGAAUUCACUCUAGAUUGAUUGCUGUGUAUAAUUCAGCCUGGAGUAAUAUUACAGUCUUUAUCCUAAAAUCUGUAUCCGGAUAAAAGUAUCCAAAAAACACGGCAAGCUUAUCACCUUCUUACGAACAUUCAUGAAGUCUCGUCCAACAAAACAGAAACUGAAACAGCGGGGAAUUCUGAAAGAAAGAGUAUUUGGCUGUGACUUGGGAGAACACCUUCUGAAUUCUGGUUUUGAAGUGCCCCAGGUUCUUCAGAGUUGUACAGCAUUCAUUGAGAGAUAUGGUAUUGUGGAUGGAAUAUAUCGUCUUUCCGGUGUUGCUUCCAAUAUCCAGAGAUUACGGCAUGAAUUUGACUCUGAACAUAUUCCCGACCUGACAAAAGAGCCUUAUGUUCAAGACAUACAUUCAGUGGGUUCCCUUUGUAAACUGUAUUUUCGAGAACUCCCAAAUCCUCUGCUCACUUACCAACUCUAUGAGAAAUUCUCUGAUGCAGUUUCUGCAGCAACAGAUGAAGAACGACUCAUAAAAAUACAUGAUGUCAUCCAGCAACUUCCUCCUCCACAUUAUAGAACACUGGAAUUCUUAAUGAGACAUUUGUCUCUUUUAGCUGACUAUUGUUCUAUUACAAAUAUGCACGCGAAGAACCUAGCAAUUGUUUGGGCUCCAAAUCUUCUAAGAUCAAAACAGAUAGAAUCUGCCUGUUUUAGUGGAACAGCUGCCUUCAUGGAAGUGAGAAUUCAGUCUGUGGUGGUUGAAUUUAUUCUUAAUCAUGUGGAUGUUCUCUUCAGCUGCAAAAUCAGUGCAGUCAUUCAGGAUGGGGCAGCUUCUCUUUCAAGGCCCAAGUCUCUGUUGGUGUCCUCUCCAUCCACCAAACUAUUGACAUUGGAGGAAGCCCAGGCACGAACACAAGCUCAGGUCAAUUCUCCAACUGUGCCUGACAACAAAUAUAUUGAGGUGGGAGAAGGUCCUGCUGCACUUCAAGGAAAAUUCCACACUAUUAUUGAGUUCCCUCUUGAAAGGAAAAGACCCCCAAACAAAAUGAAGAAAUCUCCUGUGGGCAGUUGGCGUUCCUUUUUCAAUUUAGGGAAAUCAUCCUCUGUGUCUAAGCGGAAACUUCAGCGUAAUGAGAGUGAGCCUUCAGAGAUGAAAGCAAUGGCUCUGAAAGAUAUACAGAUAGUGAAUAAUAAAAACAUCAUGUGCUUUGGUUCUUCAGGGAGCAGAGCAGAAGGAACCCUCCGCUCAGCUAAAAGUGAAGAGUCUCUUACUUCUCUUCAUGCAGUUGAUGGUGACUCUAAACUCUUUAGACCUAGGAGGCCCCGGUCUAGCAGCGAUGCAUUGUCUGCCUCUUUUAAUGGAGAAAUGCUGGGAAACAGAUGCAAUUCCUAUGAUAACCUGCCCCAUGACAAUGAAAGUGAAGAGGAAGAAGGACUUUUACAUAUUCCAGCCCUCAUGUCCCCUCAUUUGGCAGAAGAUGUUGACUUAAGCCCACCAGACAUUGGAGUAGCCAGCUUGGAUUUUGACCCCAUGUCAUUUCAGUGUAGUCCUCCCAAGGCUGAAUCAGAGUGUUUGGAAAGCACUGCUUCCCUCUUAGAUUCAAUGGGAUUUCCCAAGGACAAGACAAGCACCAGUAAAAAUGAAACAGAGGCAGGGAGUCAGUCUCAAACUCCUGGCAGUACUAAUAGCUCUGAACCUGUCUCUCCACUUCAAGAGAAAUUAAGUCCAUUCUUUACAUUGGACCUGAGCCCAACGGAAGACAAAGUGUCCAAGCCAUCUUCAUUCACAGAGAAGGUUGUUUAUGCUUUUUCUCCAAAAAUAGGACGGAAAUUAAGCAAAUCACCCUCUAUCAACAUAUCAGAGCCAAUCUCUGUGACUGUUCCCAGUCGGGUGUCAGAAGUCAUUGGCACAGUUCCAAGUUCAACAUCACAGAAUACAUCUUCCCCAACCUGGAACAAGGGCUUUGGUGAAGGUGACAUCGUCAGUAGGUCCCCCACUCAGGUAGUAAUAAUAAGGACAAAUGAGAGAGAUUCCCGAGAAGUGUGCCAGUCUGAAGUCCAGUCCCAGGACCAGGUGACUGCUGAGGCAGUAGGACUGCCAGGGAAAGUGGAACAGUCCAUCUCCAGCAGUCAGAGUAAGGCUGUACCUUCUGGACAGGCUCAGACAGGAGCAGUUGCCCAUGACUCCCCUCAGGAUCUCGUUCCUGUCAGUUCAGUCUCUCUUAUCCCACCACCACCACCUCCAAAAAAUGCAGCACGUAUGUUGGCCUUAGCAUUGGCCGAGUCUGCGCAGCAAGCUUCAACUCAGUCACUGAAGAGACCAGGGAAUUCUCAUGCUGGUUGUCCAAAUUAUGGAGACACUACAGUGGUGACACCUGAAGAUAAACAGCCCAGUUCUUAUAUUAGUUUUCCUUUAGAGAAACCCUGUUUCCAUUCUAGUAUGUCAUCAGAACAGCUUCACCUCCAAAAUGCAUCAUCUGGAAAUUAUGACCAGCCUAAGCUGGGUGUUGUGGUAGCUGAGGACCACUCCAACUCAAUUCCUAUUGAAUCUGUGGAGCAGCCAUACCACUCGACAGGUUCACCAGUGAAUCAGGCCCAUAUGACCUGUUUUCCUGGGGAGUCAGAAAAGGCUGAGAUUGCUAUGGCAACAUUAGUGGACUCAGACAAGGUUGACAGCCAUGUUGUUUUGCAUGAAAAUCCAGGAAAGACCAACAUCCGAACUGUUUCUUUUGGGAACCAAGAUGAACCCCAUAUCCACUUCUCUAGUGGAGAGCAGCUUCUUUCAUCUCUGGAUACAUCUGUAGAUAAAUCCCAACUUUCUUCAGAACCUGAAGAAAAGGUAACCUCUCCUUAUGGUUUGCCUGUCGACAAAAUCCACCCUUCUCCUGGGUCCCCUGUAGACAAAGCUGCGGCAGCUCCAACAGUUUACAUGACACCUACUCCAGCAUCAAGUGAAAUAAGCACCAGGGAAACUAGCUGGGAUAUGGUUGGCCAACCUCUGUCUUCUGCUGACCUUGUCUCCACCCUGCAGCGCACCCAUAGAGCUAACUGCCUUCCUCUGUCCCAUCCUUCUCAGAGACCAGCAGAGCAGCAGCUAGUGGUGGCACAGGUACCAGCAGCAACCAGUGCAGGACUAAAUAAUUCUCACAAGGUUCGUGGAGUAGCUUCAGCUCCUGAGAAGCCACCUGAGCCCAGAGUAGCAGAAUCAUCUUCAGUCUUUUCCUGUGAUGGUAAUACAACUACUCGCUGUGCCACCUAUGCUUCCACCAUCCCCCCUGGCCUUCCUGAAAAGGUCUGGGAGGGGGCCAGAGCCCCCCCACUCCACCUGCGUUCUGAAUCUGUUCCCACACACACCUCUCAAGGCUUUGCUCUGCCAGUUCCACCUACUAGGACGAUGGACAGUAAGAUUGCUACCGCCAUACACUCCGGUAAUGCUGAUGGAGUCACAACAUCCAGUUAUCAUUCCUUCAUCACUGCUUCAUCAGCCUCCAUGGAUGAUUCUUUGCCUCCACCACCCCCUGUCCCUCAGCCUAAACACGCCUCUCAGAAACCACCUUUCCCAUCUUAUAUGAGGCCCGAUAUCGUGACCGACUCUGUAGGCACAGAAAACUGUUUGCAUCUAGGCUUGGCUUCCACCUGUCAGUUCCGUCCGCAGAGUGUUCCCCCACAUCACCAUAAGCCUGAGCAACACCAGGUCUAUGGCUCCAGAUCAGAGACACCAAGUUGCAUGGGUCCCCGCUAUAAUACAUACAUGCCCCCUGGAAAAAAUUCCUCUGGGUACCACUCCAAGCCAUGCAGCCGGGUUGAGUAUGUGUCCUCUGUGAGCCCAUCCCUUCGGAGCGCUUGUUAUCCUGAAGACAUUCCUCCGUACCCCACUAUUCGCAGAGUGCAGUCCCUGCACGCCCCUCCAUCCUCCAUGAUCCGUUCUGUCCCCAUUUCUCGGACAGAAGUGCCCCCUGAUGAUGAGCCAUCCUACUGCCCACGUCCCCUCUACCAGUAUAAGCCAUAUCAGUCGUCCCAGGCCCGCUCCGAUUACCAUGUAACUCAGCUGCAGCCUUACUUUGAGAACGGCCGAGUUCACUACCGGUACAGCCCUUACUCCAGUUCUUCCGGCCCCUAUUAUGCUUCUGACGGGACCUUCUAUGACAUGGACACUUAUGGCACGGUCCAGCUGAGGCCGCUGCAUCGUGUGCCCAACCGUGACUUCAACGUCUACAAUCCCAGGCUGCAGGGAAAGACCUUCUACCGUUACCCCGGGGUGCCCCCUCGCCCCCCUGGCAACAUUGUGGGUUACCUUUCUGGGAAUGAGCAUAAUCUUAUCAACAUGACUUCUUCAGUGGAUGGCAAACAUGUGUAUGCCUCCUGGGACCUGGAAGACAUGGAAAAAUACCGCAUGCAGUCCAUUCGACGGGAAAGCCGGGCCCGGCAGAAAGUCAAAGGGCCGGUGAUGUCCCAGUAUGACAAUAUGACCCCUGCUGUGCAGGAUGACAUGGGGGGCAUUUAUGUCAUUCAUCUACGGAGCAAAUCAGAUCCUGGGAAAACUGGACUUCUUUCGGUGGCAGAAGGGAAGGAAGGGAGAUAUCCCACAAAGGCAGUGACACCAGAGGGAGAUGACCGCUUCUAUAAAAAGCAUCCUGAGCCAGAGUUAGAUAGAGCCCAUUACCAUGGAGGCUAUGGCAAUGGGCAGUCAGAGAAGCCGUCUCUUCCUCUGAAGCAAAGCAGCCUCAGGAACAGAAAAAUUCAUGACAUGAGCGCCAAUCCCUCUGAACACAGGGCACACCAGGAAGUAAGCCAUAGGCAGUUAUGUGAAUCAAAAAAUGGGCCCCCCUAUCCCUCCGGAGCUGGCCAGUUAGAUUAUGGGAACAAAGGCAUCCCAGACACUUCUGAACCAGUUAGCUAUCAUCCUGCAGGAGGGAAAUACAGUACACUAGGCCAGGACACUUUGAGAUUGAACCACAAAGAAGUGAGGCCCUCUGAAGAGCUGGAGCGGACACGGAUCCGGCAGCCCCCUGGCCCAGAGAAACUCUCAAGAGACUGCUAUAAGGAAGAUGAGCAUCCUGCACCGUCGAUUCCCCCUCCCAAACCAGAGCGGAGUCACAGUCUGAAACUGCAUCAUACACAGAGCAUGGAGAGGGACCCCAAUUUGCUGUACCAGUACCAAAUGCAUGGCAAACGCCAAAGUAAUAUGACUGUAUUAUCUCAGUAUGAGAAUUUGGAUGAUUAUCACCCUAUGCCUCAGCACCAGCGGGGAGGGUUUGGAGGAGCAGGAGGAGCAGGAGGAGGAGGAGGAAUGGGUACAUUCAUACCUCCUGGCUUUCCCCAUCCACAAAAUAGGACAUAUGCCACAGCUCUGGGUCAAGGGGCUUUUCUUUCCACAGAGUUGUCCUUGCAGAAUCCUGAAACACAGAUCCAUGCAGAAUGAGCCCUGGGAACAAUAGAGUUAAAGCAGCCUCUGCUGGACAGUGGACUGUUUUAUUUUUUCAAUGACCAAAAAGAUUAAAAAAAUACACACAAAAAUUAAAAAAAAAAGCAACCAAAAUAUCCCAAUAAGAAAAGGAAACAAACUGUCAUCUUUUCUCCUCCCCAUUACCACAUCACCCAUCCACAGACUCUGUUGUGUGUCAUUUAAAAGAGGUCUGAAUGAUUGUGGAGAGCUUCAUUUUGAAUAUAUAGCAAAGAAAUUUGUCAGAGACCAAAAUCACUAAAGAAGACAAAUUUAGAGUGAUAUUGGGGGCUGUUGCUGCUUUUAAAAUUAACAUUGCCUUUUUUUUUUAGUAUUUGGUAUAUAGUACAGAGAAACUGACAUUAAUUGCUGGUAGGAUUUUACAUCUAUUGCUAGGUUCCUACUCAACUUUCCCCCAGUAAAUGCUAAGUAACAUUCCCAGAAUAUCAGGUCAUUCUCACUUAAUCACCCCUCUCUUUUAAAGGUCAGGUAUGCUAAAGUCAGAAAAUUAUUACUACUUUAAUUAGGAAAUACAGUUAUUAAGAAUUUAAUUUAAGAAAAGAAAUUAUUUAUCCCCCAACCUGAAAACAUUUAAAAAAUGUAUUCUUCUCAGCACCCCAUGAAAGCUAUCUAUUUUUCACAAUUCUGUUAACAACCUUGUAAAAAUGCAAAAAGGAUUUUUCAUUAGAAAUAGCAAUGAGGCUUAUCAAUGAAAGAAGAAAAAAAUCCUCAUUGUUAUUGUGGCUUAGUUAGCAACAGAAAACUGCUAGUUCCUUUACUUUACUUACUACCAUUGAAUUUUUAUAAAAGAUCUUGGUAAAUUAUAAUUUCUAGUAUAAACAUUUCAUACCACUGUUGUGGAAAAUACAGCAGCAUGGUUUGGCUGGAUAAACACAAAGAACAUACCCUUAUUUACAAAUUUACUGUGUGUUAGUUAAUCGUUUGUUUCUAAACCAGAGUGCAGGUUACCUGGGAAUUCUUAAUUAGGUACCAGUUAUUUAUGGGAACAUGUAAACUAUUAUAAUACAUACUUAGUAUGCUGUAUCAUAUCACCAUCCCAUGGAGCUCUGUGUAGUUACCAUGUAAGUACUGAGUGAAUACAUGUUCUUUGUUCACUGUGUAUUUAGUGUGAUCACUAUUUUAUUGUAAUUGUCAUUCACACCAGCAUUUCAGGUACAUCACUUUGUAACUCUGUAGAAAGGCUAUGUAUAUUUAGUAUCCAAGACUUUGUUUUUAAUAAUAACUCACAUGAAUUCCUUAUCACAACAGGAAUAAGACAGAUCUCUCCAGCCAAAUAGCUUUCUUUUUCUAUAUUCCUACUCAUCACAGCUAUACCAGAUUAGCAGCACAGUUGUCUAUUUCUAAAAUGAAUAUAGUUUGACAUUUCACUAUACAAGACUUACUAAUGCUUGAGUUUUAUGCAUUAACAUCUUUAAAAUGUUCAAUUUGGUGAGGACAGUUGGAGAAUCUCUUUCAAUUUAAUGGAUGAGAAUUUCUCUGACUUUUUUUUUAACUCAGAGUGAGUUUCAUUAAGUGAAAAAAGAAAAUGCAAACAAGUGUUCAUGAGGCUAAAAGUCAUGCUGCUAUACAUUGCUGUGAAACCACAAAUAUGAGGGCUCACAUCAUUUCAUCUCUGAUGCAGAAUGUCAUAUCAUUGCUAUUUUCAGGGAUUAAGUAACAAAAGAUUUAACUAUAAUAUAACAGAAUCUUUUUUUUUUUUGGUAACCAUCUCUGAAGUUUUCUUUUUUGAUCUCCCAGCUUUGGAUAUAGCUACUUCAACAGCAGUGGUCUAAAUACUCAUUUAGGGGUGUGUCUACAGUAGAAAUUGGGAAACAACUAAUUUUUUUGCAUGUAAUUGGUCUGUGGAAGUUCAUGUCGUUUUACCAAAUGCACAGAUCCAAGUAGCAUAGAAAAACACAUUACCUUCAUUAUCCUUAAUAAGCAUUUAUUAAGCACCAGCAAUGUUCCAGGCACUGGUAGGUGCUGGGGAUAUAUAUAUAUAUAUAUAUAUAUAUAUAUAUAUAUAUAUAUAUAUAUAUAUAUAUAUAUAUAUAUAUAUAUAUAUAUAUAUAUAUAUAUAAUGAAUGAAUAAAAACCUCCAUUCUUAAAGUAUAUUCUAACAAUAAGAAACUUAAUAGCAUAUACCCAUGUGACUUUAAAUAUUUAUCACUUCUUCCAGUCAGAUAGCAGUUUCCAUUGCUAUCCCUCAGCAGUCAUCAGAUCAAUAGAGCGAUUCCUUGACCUGUUGACAAUACCAAAUUGAUAUCUCAUAGGUAGCUUGAUAAUUAGAGGGAAGGAAGAGGGACAGGGAUAGGUAGACUAUUACAAAAUAGGUUUGUGUGAUUAGUAGUAACUGUAUGCCCUGGAGGAAGUGACUGAAGAAAAGUCAGUCUAUUUUUCUUGUAUUUAUAUUUAAAAUGCCUAAAUCAUAAAGCUGGGAAUGACAAAAGUUGGAGAAUCCUAAGUAGAAGCCUUGAGGUAAAUACCUUGAUGUAAAUAAUGACUCAAAGGAUCAUUAAAUUUGUGAAAACCAUGAACUCUGGACAGAGUCUAUAGUUGUUUUCUCUAAUGCAGACACAGCCUUAAUCAUGUAUUCAGUUAUGUGAAGAAUUUUGCAUGGUCUCUUUCUUGUUAACAACAUUAUGGGGUAGAAAUUGGAUGGCAAAUCACUGUGAGCCAAGUUACCUCAGCAUAAAUCACCCUGUAUGCGACUUCAAAAAUCUAGAAAUAGCAUUGAAGUUAAUAUCUUUAAUUUUGACAUGGGGCAUCGUCAUCAACGAAAAUGGAGCUGCCUUAUGCAUUGCACCCACCAUCUCAUUCUUUUAUUCUUUAAAUAACCAAAUCUCUAGCAUUUUUAAUCUUUUGGUCAAAUUUGUGGUCUAUUCUUUGAUUUGGUAAGCAAAUUUUCUCAGAAUGUCUGAUUGCAGAAUUUUCAAACAGUCUCAAAGGUGCCAUUGUUUUUAAUUCCUCUCAUCUGAGCCUAAUUUCACCUUGUGUUUGGGUUACUUUUACACAUGCAAGGUCCCUGGAAUUGUCCUGAGAAUGGUCUAUGUAUCUCUUUCCUUAUCCCUCCAUAUUCCCAAUAAAGCAAGGUAUUUUGUGAAAAAAAGUUAGGGUCAGGUUGGAAAUACACAGGUAACAGAAAAUGUGCUUCUUUGAAGAAGGAAUAUUUUUAUGGCUUGGAAGAAUGGGAAGAAAGAGCAAGACAUUUCAUCUUUGGGGUAGCAGUUUGGUGUACAGUAUAGCCAGCUUAAAAUCGCAUUGUGCCCCUUUGGUUACAGGAGGAACAAGUAGAUCCACCUGUUGCACUCUCAUGUAUCCCCAUCCCUAUCUAUUGCUCAUCCCAUUAGUAUGUUGGCAAAGAAUUGUCUCAGAAAUGUGUAAGGAAAUGAUAGUGAAAGUAAAAGAAUGUUUGAAAACUAUUUCAGAAAGGAUAGAGGCAUGUGAUUUCCAGUCCCGAAUGCUACAGAAGUGUCAGGUAUGAUAAAUUUUAACUGUGCAUGAAAAUGCCAAUGUAUAAGGUGGGGAAAGGGGAGGGAAAGAUACCUUCCCACCCCAUUGCUGGUUUGUAUUGUUUAUGGUCAAAGAAUGAGAUACAGUUGUUUUGCAGUUUACGGUUAUGCAGUGGAAAAUGAUUCUUCAACCAUGACCCGCAUGAGAAAAGUGUCCUAGAAAGUUUGAAUCACACUUCUGAGUUCUUUUAACUUUAAUUUAUAUAAUGUCUUAUUUUUAUGUCUUAAUAUUUUGUGAACUGGUGUAAAAUAUAUAUAUGCUGAGAAACUCAUGUAUUUUUUUUUGUAAAUAAUUUUGUGACUUAUUCUUUGCCCCAUAUGUAAAUAUUUAGAUUAUCACUUUCUUCAAACAUUCUAUAAGGCUCACGUGGGGUUCUGCUUUUAUUUUGGGGGAGGGGUUUUUGUACUAUAAUGGGAUAAUUCAGAUUGAGAUGUCUUGUGGUUUAAAUCAAAUGUCCCACCAAGGUCAACUCAAAUAUACAAGUCAACAGAAAUAAUUCAGGUUAAAGCAGACAUCUGUGUGUGUAUGUGUGUUUAUUUCACUAUAAAAUGAAAAGAUAGGAAGAGAGCACUGGAAGAUAUUGAAGUAAAGGGCUUUGGGGCUAGAAAGAAAUGUUAAAUUGAUUCAACUGAGCAUUCUAUGUGAUAUGACUUUGGCCACCUAGCUUUUGACCUUAGGCCCAAAUUUUAGGGUAACAUCACAAAUUCUGAGAUUUCUUGAUCUCUGCUGGGAUUUUAGGGUAGACAUGGAAUUCUAAGGCUGUCACAGAGAAUCUUCUCCUGGCAUGGUAUGGUUUUCAGUUAGGAUUUUCUAGUUGAUUGAAUAUUUUGGAGUUGUCCCCCUUAACUGCUCCAAAGAGGACCUCAGAAAUUCUGGAUCAGUUCAGGUCUCUGAAGUGUACCUCACACAAAAAACUUAAUCUCAUGAGGAAUAUGACCUUAGAAUGAGCCUUUUAGGGUCCCAAACUAAAUAUCCCAUAACAUAUAUUUGGGAUAUGAAUGCCUACAGAGAAGUUGCUAUGAGUUCAACCCCUUGUGGCAAGAUACCUUGUUAAUUAUGACUAAUGAAACAAUACUGGGACCCUGCCUUAUUUCCUUCAAGCCUAAUAAACACAUACAUAUUUGAGCAAAUAUUAUUUCUUCCAAUACCAUAUACCCAGUAUUUUUCCUCUCAACCCUGACUUUUCUUCAGGACACUUUCCUUCUAUCAUGUGAUUAAGCUGCAUCAGAAUUUUAACUCCCAGCAAGGACUGCCGGUCUCAAUGAAGCUUUGGAUAUAAGGAGUCUCAGCAGAUUGGUUCUUUUGAUCAGAAAAGUUUCUGGGAGGGUUACCUCUUUAAAAACAAAAUUUUCCAAAAAAAAAAAAAUCUUUUAUUAUGGACAUUUGGACUCAAAAUCUAACAUGCAAUAUACAUAUAAAUGCAAACUGAAGCAGCCAAAUAUUUCCUUGUGACUCAGAGACUUUAACCAUUUUCUUACAGUAUUAAGUUAUAGUAUAUAGCACACCCAUAGCCUAUUUAGGUGCCUAUUAUGUUAUAGAGGUAGGUAGAUAGGUUGGCUGCUACACUAAAUAUCCUCAGAGAACUUACUCUGUGGUUCAUCUGCCUAUAAAAUUCUCAGUUUCCUUUGCUGCCAACUGAUACUUAUUAGUGUACCUGCCUUAGGUGCUUUCUGGUUUGCCAUUUAUAAUUAUUUAAGAAAUCAGAUUAACAAGUCUUGUUUAGGAUGAUACCUUGGUCACUGGUCUUGAAUUAUUUUAAAGGUAAUCACAUAAAAGGGGGAUUAAAUUUUAAGAGAUCAUUGCCUCUCUAACUAGAUAAGAUCUCAAAGGCCAUUGUCUGGUUAAAACAACAAAAACCACCACAUUUAUAUGGCAUUUACUAUGUACUAGGCACUACACUCAAGUGUUUUACAAAUAUUAUUUGAGCCUCACAAAAACCUUUGGAGGUGUAUACACAUGCUAUUAUUAUGCCCACCUUACAGAUGAGGAAACUGGGGCAUCCAGGUUAAGUGACUUGCCCAGAGUCACACAACUCGAAGUGUUUGAAACCAGUUUUGAACUCUGGUCUUCCUAACCCCAGGCCCAGUGCUUUAUCCACUAUACCACCUAGCUGUCCAUUUUAGAGAUGAGUAAAUAGACCCAAGGAGAAUAAGGCGGUUGUCCAAGGUCCCACAAGUCAAAGGUGUCGUGCAGGACCGGAACCCAGGUUUUCUGACUCCAGAGAUAGCACUUUGCCCACUACAGUGACAUGUUUUGCUUAGGUCCCAAAGGUAGAGCUAGAAGCAACAGAUAGAUGUUGCAAAGAAGCAAAUUUAGGCUUCAUAUAAAGAGAAACAACCUAGCCAUUGGAAAACUCUAGAAGCUACCUCACAGGAGUGUGGUGACCCACCACCAGAAGUUUAUUAAUGAAGGAAUGGCAAGAAACUUGUCAUAUAUAAUGGAGACAGGAUUUGUGUUGUAUAUCAUAUUGGAUGGGAUGACCUCCAUGGUCUUCAUUUCCCUAGCCAAAAGUAAUUCAUUUCUUCUUGGGACUUCCAUACUUUCUUAUGACUUUUUAAAUUUAUAUUGUAGUUUGUGGAUUAAUGUACUAUUAAAUUAUAUACAAGAGUUUUCUUUUAUUCAUAGCAUUCCAAGACCUGCCACAGCACUUUGCACAUAGUAGGUACUUAAUAAAUGGGUAUUGCAUUGAACAAAUUUGUCUUGAUAAUCUAUUGGCUUUAACUUUCAAAAGGGAACAAUCAUUAGGCCCCUGGUGUUUAGCCAGAGCAACAAACUACUUUGGUUCACCAUGAAUUCAAUGUUCUGCAAAUAAUCCUUUCACUAUGAGGAAUAGGUACAAGAGAGGUACUAUAUAACAUGGCGAGUAGAAAAAAGGAGCUCAGUAUCAAGAAGGUCUGGACUCAAGGCAUACCUCUGAUGCCAACUGACAUUGUGACUCUGGGUAAGUCCUGCUACUUCUCAGUGUCCUAUAGCAGCUCUUUAAAAGUGGUAUUGGUGUUGGGUGCCACCAGAAGGUCCUUACCAGGACUUCCCAACGCAGAUGAAAUCACAGGUCCAAUCAAAGAAGAAAUUAGGUACAGAGAAAGCCUGGGUUUUCACAGAUAGGAGGGCAACAGGCAGAAAAUAAAACAGGUUUGCCAUCAGUUCCAUAGUGAGCUGUUUUCAUUAUUGUCAAUAGUGGGACCACCACAUUUGGACUUAACACUUCAGCCCCCAGCAAAAGGAUUAGAACGAAAACAGUGAAGACAAAGACUAGCUAGACAAGACCAAAUACAAAUUUAAAACCCUCUUACUGAAGGCAACAAUUUUGAAAGCAUUGAGAUUUUCAAAAUAUCUUCAAGAAAACAGCUUUGAAAACUGUAGAUUGAAGUUAUAUUUAAAAAGAAAGGAAAGCAGUAUGCAAUAGAGACCUGCUGUUUCUCAUACAGUCUUUUUUGUUCUACACACACACACACACACACACACACUGUCCAGUGUUAAAUAUAAGUAUAUACCUACAAGAGAAGCUACCAAAUUUGGGGGGAACUAAUGCUUUUUUAAGUGAUUGAAAAGCCAUCAGCAACUACUAGCUCAUCUGCUUUUUCAUCUAUCAAAUCUCUGAAAGCGAUCUCUACACAUAUCUAAAAUAUUCUUGAUAAAGUGAAAGGGGAACAGACUUUGAAAACUUAUUUUAUGUAAUAAGUUACAUCUUUGAAGUGAUAAAAUUGACUGAAAAUGUAGAAAAUGCAAAACCUUGAUGUUUGUUGAUUAUAAAAAUACUUGCCUAAAAUAAAAGUUGACCUUAAAAGCUCUCCUUCAAUAAAAUGUUUUAGACACA